UCACCCCCACUUUUUUGUUUAUCGUGUGCGAAUUUCGAAAAUUGAGUUCGAAAAUUUCUGCACUGUAAAAAACAAUGUGCCGGCGCCGGCCAGAUGAUUGGUACUCAGCCAGAGUAAAAUUGUAUUCGUGUAUUCUCAUAUAUCUUAAUGCAUUAUAAUUCUUGUGGUCUAUUAAAUAAAAUAAUUCAAAUUUGGAAUGCUGCGCUUACAAAAUGUGGAUGAAAAAUUUUUAAAAAUUUUUCCUACUUUUUUUUAACAGUGUAAUCAGCUGUCAAAUUAAUGUAAACAUCCCGUAUGGUGUUUUUGUUUCCAUCAGCCAAAUCGCUUCCACAAUUUUAAUUGUUUUUCUUAAAAAUAAACAAUGAUGCCUGGUCGGUUGGGUAUGCCAAUUGCCCAGGAACCACUAUGGAUCUCUUGGCAUGACUCCAAUUGGAUUCCCAUCCUCAAUCCCACAAAUGUUAUGGACUAUUUCUCUGAGAAAUCCAAUCCCUUCUACGAUAGAACGUGCAACAAUGAACUGGUUAAGAUGCAGAGGCAAAGUCUUGAGCAUCUCAACAAUAUGAUUGGAGUUGAAUUUAUCCUGUUACAUGUGCAGGAUCCUAUCCUAUAUGUAAUCAGGAAACAGCACAGACACUCUCCUACGGAAGCUACACCUCUAGCGGAUUAUUACAUUAUCGCUGGGACUGUUUAUCAAGCUCCGGACUUGGCUAGUGUUUUCAAUUCACGGCUUUUGUCGGCUGUUCAUCAUCUCCAGAGUGCUUUUGAAGAGUCUUCGGGUUACUCUAGGUAUCAUCCGAACAAAGGCUAUACAUGGGAUUUUUCAUCCAACAAAGCACUUGCUGACAAAUCCAAGACGCAGGCAAAGAAGGAACCAGCUCCUGUGAAGGAAGAAGCCAGUUCGCUAUUCCAGAGGAAACGAGUUGAUAUGCUUCUCGGAGAAUUAAUUAGGAAGUUUCCUCUGCCGCUUCCACCAUCACAGCAGAACCCUGCACAUCAUCAGCAAACGGGAAAUGUGAAUGGGAAUAUUAAGAAAGAACCAGAGACAGACACAAAGCCCGACAUCAGUGGUCAAGAAACGACUCAGACGAAUGGAGCCGGAGAAGGGGAAAAUGGAGCUCCAAGCAAUCUUCUCACUGAGAUUAAACAAGAGAACAAGAGUGAGAUGAAGCCUCCUCCAGAGAAAAAGAUGAAAUUUAACUAGAAAUAAUUUUAAGAAAAUAAACAAAAAUAAUCCGGAAGCA